AUGAACUCUUUCAACUUUCCGUCGUCGACAGAUUUCCUAUCCCAUCUUCACAGAAUCAGCGGGCCUACCGUCAAGAUCAAAAUCGGGUCCUCACCUCAGGUGCAUGAAGUUUCGGAAGAAAUGCUAUGUGAAAAAUCACCCUACUUCGCCGCAAUGUUCAAAGGCAAAUUCAAGGAGACGACAAAGAAUGCAGUAACGAUUCAGGAAAUCGAGGGCGUUGUCUCGGUCCACAGCUUCAGUAUGCUCAUUGAAUGGAUAUACUUGGGCAGAAUCGAUUAUAAUACAGCAAAAACUGAGGAGCAGAUCUCGGCUCUGAUUGAGUUUGCGAGAUUCGCUGAUAUGUGCAUGGUUUCUGAAGGGCUUUUCGACUUGAUCAGACACAGUCUCUCGCACGUUAUCCGAUGUUCACGAUGCGACGCGGUACAGAAUAUUUCUUACUCGCAGUUGCGCUACGUUACCAAGGAGCAUAUCGGCUCAGCGAUGCGUCUUCCCCUUGGAAAUCCGGUGCGAAAUUUAAUGGUCAAAGCGUGUGUCCGCGACUUCCUCGGGCCAACAAACUUCAAAUUCGAGAAUGAGAUUAGAGAGGUUGACAACUUCGCUGCUGAUCUUCUUUGCACGGUUCAAAACACUCUCAAGGAUGCCACCUAUGGAAAAGGCGCGAUCAAUUUCGAAGAUCCUUUCGACUCUACCCGAGGAGUACUGUUUGCAAAGGAUGGGAGUCGGUACCAUCGAUAG